AUGCCGACUUCCUUAGAUAUUGAUGAUGUUUCUCACUGGGCAUCAAAUGAUUUUGAAGAAUUAGAAAAAAUCCUUCAUGAUAUAAUUCCACAUAUUAGAUGGUUUCAUAUUCCUGCAAAAGUUUUUUGGAAGAAAAUUAGCAUACUUGAACCAAUAUUUUCUAAACAAUUAUAUAGAGAUAUAAUUGGGUAUCAUUUUGAUCCUAAUACAACACCGAAUACCUUAGUUUUACCUAAAAGAAAUAUUUCGUCACGACAAGGCACAAGUCAUGACAUUUCUCAACCUCAACAAAAUCAACAAUAUAAUUUUAAUAAUCUGAUUGGAUCAACUUUUUUUUUUGGCGUACCAAAUGUUAAUCAGCAACCACCACCACGGGGAAGAAAGUUUAGAACAUUACGUAGAUCACGCAGAUAA